AUGGAAUUUGGCGGUCGCAUCGACGCCGGUUCCAAGUCCUAUGUCAGGUCAACGCGCAUCAGACCACCCACACCGCAAAGGCCGCGAGGCUCACCCCGAACAGGAUGUCGUCGCCUUUCGAGGGGACACAUCCGCAUUCGUGAGCGGGCUAAGGUCUGA